AAAAACCCCACCCCCUCCUCCUCCCCCCUCCCCCAUUUGGUACCGCAACUCUCUCUAUCACUCACAACAUUUUCACUAACACUUUCUGAAAAGAAUUCCUUUCUUUUCCCUAACAUGGCCAGAUCACAACAGCGAUACCGAGGCGUCCGACAAAGGCAUUGGGGCUCUUGGGUCUCCGAAAUUCGACACCCUAUAUUGAAAACUAGGAUAUGGCUUGGUACUUUUGAAACUGCUGAGGAUGCAGCCAGAGCUUAUGAUGAAGCAGCAAGGCUAAUGUGUGGCACAAGAGCAAGAACAAACUUCCCUUACAACCCCAAUGCGUCUCAGUCAUCAUCUUCAAAGCUUCUCUCAGCAACUUUAACUGCUAAACUGCACAGGUGCUACAUGGCUUCGUUGCAAAUGACAAGGCCAUCACUGCCAGAGCCUCAGAGAGUGGCUUCACCACAUGUCAUCACCUCCGGAAGCAACUUCCCCAUGAAGAGCAACGAAACCGAGAGAAUGCUACCACAGAAGAGACAAGAGGAGAAGCAAGAAGCAGAGGGGAAUUGGGUUUUGAAGAAGGUGAAGGUGGAAAGUGCUCAGCAAUUCAAGCCUCUUGAAGAGGACCACAUCGAGCAAAUGAUAGAGGAGUUGCUGCAUUACGGGUCUAUUGAGCUAUGCUCUGUGAUUCCACCACAGGCUCUUUGAUUCACGAUAAUUUUUAUUGGUAGUUCACUUCACAUUCUUAUUCUGCUAAUUUAACUAAUUAAUUCUCUUGGACAAUUUCAGUCUCUGUUAGUCUAUGUUAAGUAGAGUAGAUUAGAAUAUGUGUUCUGAGUGACACAUUGGACAAUGUUGUAUGUACAGCCAGAAUCAUGUUGGAAUUGUUUUCUUGGGUUCUCUCAAUUUGCGUUUCAACUUGCGGAAUCAGUCUCUUGUCUGAACUGAAAUGUUAGAGGGUUUGUCAAAAGGGCACGGCUUUUUAGACAACUGGCUAGAACAACAACAACCCUUUAUUUCAAACAUGGUAGAGUUUUAUUAUGCAUGCA